AUGAGUGAAGAAUUAAGACAGUUGGUUACACCACAUAUAGACAGUUAUGACUUCUUCGCUGAGAAAGCGUUGAGUAUAAUUGUGGCAGGAUUGCCACCUGUCUACAUCAACAACAGAGCAGAGAAUGCCGACUCCACUCAGAAGCACUGGCGUCUGAAGUUCAAGGAUGUCACAAUUUCAAAGCCAAUCAAGUCUGACAACCGUCAACUCUUCCCAACGGAAUCACGUCAGUCCGGUACUAGCUACUCCGCGCCAAUGGUUGGAACCGUCGCGCUCCUAAAGUCGCCAACUUCCGACGAGGAGCACGAAACCUACAACGUUCAACUCGGUAACAUUCCGGUGAUGGUCAACUCGUCGCGUUGUCACCUGCGCGGACUCACUUCGGCGCAGCUCGUCAAGAACCACGAGGAGGAGCUGGAGGUCGGUGGUUACUUUAUCAUCAACGGUAACGAGAAGGUAAUGAGAAUGCUGGUGGCGAACAAGGCGAAUCACCCGAUUGCCCUGACGCGUCAGGGUUGGACCAAUCGUGGUCCAGGUUACACCAAGUUUGGUGUGACACUGCGUUCGGUGCGACCCGACCGUAGUUCGCUCACCAACAAUCUCCACUAUAUCUCUGACGGUCAAAUCACCUUCCGUUUCUACUUUAGACGUCAGGAGUACUUCAUCCCGGUCACCCUCCUGCUCAAGGCGUUGGUGGACACCACCGACAAAGAGAUUUUCACACAGAUCGUGCAGGGUGACUUUGAGAACACCUUCUUGACCGAUCGUGUCGAGCUGACACUGCGUGAACAGAAAGUGAAAGGACUCAACACAAAGGAUGAAAUUCUCGACUACAUUGGUUCGCGUUACCGUCACAAAGCCAACCUGCCAGAUUCCUUCACCAACCAACAGAUCGCCGAGUACAUGAUAGACAAUUUCUUCUUAGUACAUCUUCCAGAUUAUAGAGAUAAAUUCAAUAUUUUAAUUGUUAUGAUUCAAAAGUUAUAUGCAGUUGUACAAGGAAAGAAUGGAUGUGACAAUAUCGAUGCAACUAGUUUCCACGAAGUUUUACUUCCAGAGAGAUUGACCGAAUAUCUCGAAGUGAGUCGAGCCAUGUAUUUAAAGGCAAUCAAUGCACAAAAGACAAUCAACGAAGAUCUUGCAUUCAAGAAAGCAUUCGAUAGAUCACUCAAUAUCGGUGAGAAAUUUAAUUAUUUCUUGGCAACCGGUAAUUUAGUUUCAUCAUCCGGUUUAGAUUUACAACAAACUUCUGGUUUCGCAAUUAUUGCAGAUAAACUUAAUUUCAUUCGUUAUAUUUCACAUUUUAGAUCGAUUCAUAGAGGUGCUUUCUUUGCAACAAUGAAAACAACCAGUAUUCGUAAAUUGAUGCCAGAAUCUUUUGGUUUCCUCUGUCCAGUACAUACACCAGACGGUGCUCCAUGUGGUCUACUUAAUCAUUUGUCCGCCAACUGUAUAAUCACAAAAGAUCCAUCUCAAGAUGAAAAAUCAAAGGAAGGUGUUAGAUUGUUACCUUCAUUUUUAAUGGCACAUGGUGUCACUUCGAUCGAUGUCACUACAAAUUUCCAACCGAAUUCACUACCGGUUAUGCUCAAUGGAAAACUGAUCGGUAGAAUCAACGAUGGUUUGGCACAGGAUUUGGUAGAUCUUCUGCGUUAUCUCAAGUCGACAGGCGAUGAAAAAGCCGUACCUCAGACAAUGGAGGUUGCCUACGCACCCAAAGAGCAAUCCAAGGGUGGACAGUAUCCAGGUAUCUUCUUGUUCACCACUGGCGCACGUUUCAUGCGUACCGUUAUCAAUUUGAAGUCCGGAAAGAACGAGUUGAUCGGUCCACAAGAGCAACUCUACAUGAAUAUCUCGAUUAUGCCAGAGGAAGUUCGUGACUCGACCACUCACUGCGAGUUGUCGCCAACCGCCAUGUUCUCGGUCGAAGCCAACUUGACUCCGUUCUCCGACUACAAUCAAUCGCCAAGAAAUAUGUAUCAAUGCCAGAUGGCUAAACAGACUAUGGGUACCCCACUCCAUUCCUACGCGUAUCGUACCGACAACAAACUCUACAAAGUUCAAAACAUCCAACGUCCGAUUGUCGCCACUGAGAAUCAAUCGAAAUACCGCAUCAAUGACUAUCCACACGGUUGUAACGCUGUGAUUGCUGUCGUCUCCAACACCGGUUACGAUAUGGAGGACGCUAUGAUUAUCAACAAGUCUGCGUUCGAGCGUGGAUUCGGUCAUGGAUCGGUCUACAAGAAUGAAUUCGUAGAUAUCGAUGAAGGUAAAUCGCGUCUGGAAAUGGGUAAAACCUCUAUCUCUCGUCCGAACUACACCUCUGACAAUUUGGAUCAAUGGAUUGACCGCGACGGUCUUCCCUAUAUCGGUCGUCUCAUCAAGCCUGGCGAACCAUACUACACCGUGUUCUCAACGAUCGAGAACAAACAGGUCACAAAGAACUACAAGGGUAAGGAGGAUGCCUGGAUCGAAGAGAUUAUGAUUCUCGGUGGAUCCACUCAGGUUCGUGCAUCGACGAUGAUCACCAAAUUCGUAGUGAAGCUGCGUUUCGAUCGUAACCCGGUGAUCGGUGACAAAUUCUCGUCGCGUCACGGUCAGAAGGGUGUCCUCUCACAGCUCUGGCCAGAGAUCAACAUGCCAUUCACCGAAUCCGGACUGAAACCCGACGUCAUUAUCAAUCCAAACGCUUUCCCAUCACGUAUGACCAUCGGUAUGUUGGUGGAGAUUCUCGCGGCCAAAGCCGGAGCGAUCCACGGCAAGUUCCAAGACGCCACAGCAUUCCGCUUCAACGAGAAGAAUUCGGCCGUCGAGUUCUUUGGUGAACAACUGAAACAAGCCGGUUUCAAUUACUACGGUAACGAACCGAUGUACAGUGGAACGACCGGUGAGGAAUUCCACGCCAAUAUAUUCUUUGGUAUCUGUUACUACCAGCGUCUGCGUCAUAUGGUCAAAGACAAAUACCAGGUGCGUGCAACUGGUCGCGUCAACAACAUAACACGUCAGCCGAUCAAGGGUAGAAAGGUCGGUGGUGGUAUCCGUUUCGGUGAGAUGGAGCGUGAUUCACUCUUGGCACACGGUACAUCGUUCUGUUUGAACGAUCGUCUCAUGAAGAGCUCCGACUAUUGCAAGGCCACCGUCUGCAAGCAGUGUGGAUCGACGACAUCCGUUGCCAUCCAGAAAUCAAACUACAGCCAAUUCACAAGCUCCACCUGUAUCACAUGCAAAACCGACGAACAUUUGACCAACAUUGCACUUCCAUACGUUUUCACAUACUUGAUAGCAGAACUGGCAUCAGUAAACAUCAGUUUGAAAUUACAAAUAAAAUAA